AUGAGCACAGCACGCGAGGUCGAGAGGCUGCGGGCCGAGAACGACCGCCUGCGGGCGCUCGCGGCGGGUCGCGCGCCUUAUGCAGCCUUGGUGCGCGCUCUGGACAUGGACACGAGGAAGGAGCUGAUUCGAGCCGUGCGCGACGGCACAAUUGAGGCGAAGAUCCGGGACGAGAAGGUCGUUCCGAAGUGGUUCCGGACCGCCCUCGAGCAGCCUGGGCCUCAGGCUGAGGACCCUCGGGCCGACAUCUUCCUUGACAGUUUCACGCUGUUCUUCAAAGCGGCUGUCAAUGAGGGUCACGAGAGCGCCCUGAGGGACGGGAAGCUGCACUGGGACCCCGAUUUUACGGGUGGCUUCCCGGAGCGGCAGCGCGACCCCCCCGAUGCCGGGCCCGACAUGAGGUUCACGCCCAAUAAGCGCCAUGCGAAGAUGCUGUACACCGAGGAGAACGACAAGCUGCUGUCCGGGGGCGAGAUUGCGAAGUUGCGUCAGCGCGCCGAGGACGCAGAAACACGCGUCAGGGGUUUCGAGGGGCAAAUCAGGGACCUGCAGAGGCAGCUGAACGACAUGCGGAACGCGCAGGAGGACGGUACCCGCACGUCGGUGCAGAAGCAGCCGCGGCCGGAAGGCUAUGUGCCGCCAGGGGGAUCUGAGACGCGUGCUCAGAGCGCGGCGGGGGCCAAGCAGAACGGUUCGGGCGGCAGCCGCGCCCCUCUCGCAUCGCCGGUCAAGUACUGGAAGAGUUCGACCGAGGACGUGCAGGCAGGGAACGUCGUGCAGGACGUGAAGCAGGGCUCGCAGCGCGGCGGGCCUGCCGUCUCACCAUGGGUCCUCCUCGUGUUGGCGCUCGUGCUCGUGGUGCUGACGGCCGCCGCCGUUGCCGUCCGCCUCGAGUACGUCCACGUGCCCCCGGCAUGGGUGGAUCGCGCCACAGAGCUGCGCGGGGCUGCCGCCCGGGCCCCUGCCGCUCUGCAGGCACAUGCCAACAGGUUCUUGCGCCCGCUUCGGGCCCUGGCUUUCGAGCACGUUCGUUCGGGUUGA